AAACAGCCCCGAUCCUGUUGUCAUCAUGGAAGUCGGGAAACCAAGAAACAAUAUAAAACACUUUAUAAAAGAUGGUUUCAGUACUGUAGUGAAAUAUAGGUUGAUCCAUUUUGUACAAUUGUUGUGGGAUUUUUAUCAUGUUUGUUUCACCUAGGUUUAGGUUACAUUGCUAUCAACACACUGUAUAUAUUCGCGUUAUAUAAUCAGUGGUCUUGAAGAACGUUUGAAGUCUUAGUCGCAUUCAUUCAAACAUGGGCUGCUGUAUAUCGACUCGAGUUCACCCUAUCGAAUAUAUUUCGGAAAUUCAACAAAAGAAAACUUCUCCUAAUGAAAGUGUGAUAAAAUUCAUCUCUAUAGAAGAUCGGGAAAGCGCUCUAGAAGUUUCAACAGAAUUGCAAUGUGGUGAAGCGAAUACCAAGCAUGACAAAAAUAUUGAGAAUACGGAAGUGCAUAAAGGCAUAUUAUCUGAAGCGAAAGAAAUUGAGCAACUUACAAAAGGUCAAACUCAACCUCAAACUUUGGAAGACAGAAGAUCUGGAAGAUUGAUAGGGGUGGUCCACACUACUGAGGAAGAAGGUGAUGAAACAAAGUAUAAGGGGGACAAUGAAGGUUUACAAAAAACUGACAAUUUGGAGGAAAAAGGCAUAUUAUUUGAAGUAAAAGAAAUUGAGCAACUUACAAAAGGUCAAACGCAACCUCAAACUUUGGAAGACAGAAGAUCUGGAAGAUUGAUAGGAGUGGUCCACACUACUGAGGAAAAAGAUGAUGAAACAAAGUAUAAAGGGGAAAAUGAAGGUCUACAAAAAACUGACAAUUUGGAGGAAAAAUACAAAAACGCAGAUGAGCAUCAAUCAUGCAAACCGGAAACUAACGAAUCUGAAGAGAUAAUAAAAGAAAGAACAGACGACUAUGAUAAAAAAAAUUACAUCAAAGACGAUAGAUUUGAUGAAAAACUAGCAUUCAGUGAAACUAUCCGAAAGGAGACGAAGGACGAUUUUUCUGCAAUAGAACUACAUGCUUCACAGGCACCACAAGCUGUACUAAAAUCAGUCGAGACAUUAGUAGAAUACCUGCUGAAGUUGACCAACUCAGAGAAAGGCAAAGUCUGGGCUUUCUAUGUGUGGAUAGCGUGCAAUAUACAGUAUGACAUGGAAUCAUUGGUUCGUGAGCGGUUUAACGCAGUCGAUGCUGAAUCUGUUCUGAAAUCAGGGUUAUCGGUAUGCGGUGGAUAUGCCAAUUUGUUUGAAGAAAUGUGCAGAGUCGCUGGUCUCUCAGUGAAAGUAAUUUCGGGAUUUUCGAAAGCAAAUGGAUAUUCACCUGAAAGACCUUUUACAUCCACAACACAAACCGGCCAUGCAUGGAACGCAGUUCUCAUUGAGAACUCCUGGAGGUUUGUGGAGUGCACUUGGGGGGCUGGAUAUAAAGACCAAAGCGGGGAAUUUCAAAAAUGUUUUAGUGAUUUCUAUUUUCUAACAGAUCCUAAGCAUUUCAUUUCUGCCCAUUUUCCGUGGAAAUCUGGUGACCUGGAGUACUGCAACAAAUGGCAGCUUCUUGAUCAUCCCAUUACUUUAGAACAAUUCAACAAAAUGCUAAAAUUAGAGAAGAAUGCAUUGAUGUGGGACAUUUCUCCCUUGUCACACACUGAGGGUGUCAUAGAGGCCCAUGAAGAGGUGGAUAUUGUUAUUGAAGAUAAAAUGGAGCGUCUCUGUAGUACAGGUGUGAAGUUUUACAAUUGUAAAACUGGAAAAUCGUUUGAUGAAUACACAUUCCUGCGGAGAGAAAAUCCGAAAACAAUAGCCGUUUCUCUUCGACCUCCUUCAAAUGGCACGUACCAGUUGAACGUUUAUGGUAAAAUCGACCAAUUAGAAAAAUCACAUGGCCAAUUGAUGAGUUACGUAAUCAAAUUUUCAAAUGUUACUACCGAUAGCAAUCCAUACCCGUUCAAUCAUGGACAGAUGUGGGGAAUGAGUUUGGAGGCAUUUGAAAAUGGAUUCCAAGCAGCGGAUAGGUACAAUAUACCAACAAAACUGCGAAGUGAAAAUGGGUACUUUGACUUAAAGUUGAACACAACCAGAAACCUCCCAACUAUCGCUAGAAUUGAGCCUGCUACAAAACAACUGCCUGGAGAUAAAAGGAGAUAUUGUCUGGUUUCCGGCACUGAUAACGAAUUAAAUAUUCGAGCUUGCUUUCCCGAUAGAGAUCUGUACAAGUUACAAGUGCUGUGUCAAAAAGUUGAAGGAGAUGAAAAGUAUCAUGAAAUGGCUGUCUUUUUAAUUGAUUGUACAAAACCAGCAGACCCAGGCCUACCUUAUCCUACAACUUAUUCUUCUACCCAGAAAUACCGCUGUAAACUGAUUGAACCUUUAGAAGGACAACUUCCGGUAAAUUCAAGCGUAACUUGCCGCUUUCAGUCGCCGCUAGUCCUUAACGCAAUGGUCGCUGAAACGAAAAUGAAACAAGAGGGAAACGAGUGGUGGGCAACCGUAACAACUCCAGGCGUGGGUGAAAAAUUUAGAAUUUCUGGAAAUAUAUCGGAUGAAAACACAUAUUACGGCCUUUUUGAAUAUGACAUUGUAUAGGCGCUCAUACAUAUACUAAUAAGUAAUUUCUCUUCAUGAUCAUACAUGUUGUUAGAUAGUUACCAGGAAUGCGAUUCCCAUAUUUGGGAAUAUAACAGAUGCAAACUCUUUGCAAUUGCAUUUCAAAUAUGACAAAGUAUAGUUGCUUUAGUCUUAAACAUAUUGUUUCCCAGAAGGAUGGAUAGCAUUUUAAAUAUCCAUUUUACGAGGGAGAGCAGCUUGGCAUGUUACGUGCAGUUAUGCAGUGCUUAAAUCAUCCAAAUUCAUGGUAGAAGCAGUUUUCUUCAGAGCAAUGUGUUAGACUGUGGUGGCUAGGUUAUAUUGACAUGUUAAAAUAUACAUUUUUCAUACGUUGUCAGUAUGUGAAAGGUGAAGAGAACGAACAUUGUUCAAUGCAAGGUGAAGAUAACGAACAGCAAUCAAUCCCAUAACUCCUACAAGCAAUACACAAUAGAUAGUUAGGAAAACACGGACCCCUGGACACACCAGAGGUGGGAUCAGGUGCCUAGGAUGAGUAAGAAACCCCUGUUAACCGGUCACACCCGCGUGAGCCCUAUAUCCUGAUCAAGUAAACGGAGUUAUUCGUAGUCAAGUCAUUGUGCCAAGAACGACCUAACAAUCGGUAUCAAACAUGUCAGACAGCAUUUGACCCAAUGAUAGGUUGUAUUGACAAACUAUAUCGUUAUAACAACAAUAGAAUGCUGCCUUCAAUCGAGACUGUUGAAACCCCUGUACCAUCAACUUGUUUGACAGUAGCUUGCCUCGAUUUAAAAACGAACUAUACGCAGAACAAGCUCUUGCAUAUCGAAUCAGUUGAGAGAUAUAAACACCAUAUGUAGGUGAUAAUGGAAUAUUGCUACAUAAAUAUGGGAAGGUGACGAUGGAGAAGCUGAAAUCAUCCCAUUUAUCGUAACGUUUAAGGUAGUUCCAUCCUCUUGUGACUUAUCAAUAUUAAUGGUUAAAAGUGGAAAAACUUUAUUAAUUUCCACUCAAUAUAGUUUAAUUCAAUUAAUAACCAAAAAAAAUGUAUAUGUUGCCACCUUUUAAAAGAUGUCAGACAUACAAAAACAGAAGUACAUUGUAUAUAUCAACAUCAGAAAAUCACACAUUUUCGUUAAACAGAAUAAUAAGAAUAGAUAAAAACUUGUUGAAAUGACAAAAUUUAAAUAUCAACAGUUUUAAAAAAAACUGCUAAUUCAUAAAUAUGUAUAGUUAAUCAUGGAUAUUAGAGAAACCGAUGUAUAAUAGACAUCCAAUUGAGGAAAUUCCAGCACAGGAAUUAUUGCU